AUGAAGGCUAUGCACCGUGAAACUCGUCCAGCUGCUCCCGUUUCUCCUACGGGAAGAAUUCGUAAAUCAUCUGCUGAGAGGAAAGAAAAGUUAAAGGUUGAAUCCACUCUUCGCCGCCUUGUCGGUUCCGAAGAAGGCACUUCACAACUCGAACUCGUCCUCUCUGCUAUACGCUAUAUCCGCGAACUACAGUCACAACUCGAAAAUGACAAGGAAAACGAACUACCCGAUAAUCUUCAGGACCUUUUUACCCAAUGUGCUGUGACAAAACCGGCAACUGCUUGA